CCUGAACUUCAGCGUCGCGUAUAGCUGCCGCGGGCCGCUCAAACGCUUCGUCAGAAGCUGUGAGCAGUGCUACACACGUACACGAACGACUCCGGUCAUUCUUGUCGGGCCGUCGGAUAUACCCAGGCUGCCACCCUGACAUUCCACAAAGCGCACAAAAGCACCGCGGCACCCACAUACGUCGUCGCACGAGCCCCAGAAGAAUGUCCAGGCAAGGCCCCCUAGGCGCGGCCCACAGCCAGAGCGACCGCUACCGGCGGCGGCUCCUCGCGGCCGCCGGGCUGUCGAACAAUUUACUAUUCAGCAAUCUCAACACGACCAUGGCCGUGAAAUCCAGCGCUUCGCGAACGGCGCCGGCGACCGCGGCGCUCGGCGCGCUCAGCGGCUACCUCGCGAAGCGCGACGAGCAGCACCAGUGGCGGCGGCGCUUCUGCGUAUUAGCGCCGCAAGCGUUCCUCUACUACUUCGAGGACAGCAGCGCCGACGCUCCAAGAGGUGUAAUAGACUUAGAAGGCGCGGACGUGUCGGUGGGCGACGGCAACGUCGUGCACAUCGUCACGCCCGGCACGCACGACACGGAAGGCCGGCGCUUCUACUUCCAGGCGGACUCGGCGGACGACGCCGCGGCCUGGGUGUCCGCAUUGGUGCGGGAGCGCUACUUUAAUGUGCGGGACGAGCGCGACGCGUAUAGAGAUUUGCAGCACGACCUGUCGGCCCAGGCGGCGGCGUCGCGCGAUGCACUAGAUGAGGCGACGGAGGCGAACGACGAAGCCGAAAGACGCCACGUCGCGGCAGCUAGAGCCGAGGCGGAGCUCGACGAUAGAUUAAGGGCCAUCGCCAGGGAGCUCGACGAACAUGACGACGACUCCGAGGGUGAUGAUCUGGAGGAGGACGUCCGGUCCUCCAUUUUAGCGCGGAUGAAGAGACAUGGAAGGCGCUCCAUGGCGCGCAUCGCCGCGCUCGAAGCUAAACUCGAGUCGAAGGAGGCGUCCUCGGAAGAACGCGCGCGGGAACUCAGGAGGCACGGCGCCGAGGUCGCACAAUUGGAGGAGGAAUUGCGACGGGAGGAAGCGCGGACCCAGGACGAGGCGGAGACUUCAGCAAGAUUGAACGAGGAGACCGAGGAGCUUCGGAGGGAGGCGCAGGAGGCGACGCUUAACUUGGAGGUCGUCGAGCAGCAGGCGAAAGCUGCCGACGCGCGCGUCACCGAGCUCCAGGACCAGAAGCGGUUGUUGGUGCGGGAGGUGAAGAACGCGCGGAAGGCUUUGUCUGAUGCCGAGGCCGCCAAUAGAGCUGUACUGGAACGGGCGCUCGCCGAGGCCCCCGAGGUCAAGCGCGAUUCAUCGGAGGAGGAAGUGGAGCGGGGCCCGUUCACGGAAAAGGCGUUUGUCGUCACUUGUAAGAGGUGUGGCGGCGACGUCGCCGGUCCCAAAAAUUCGACGUGUGUGUGCCCCGUGCCCUUGUUGGGGGAGGAGGGUCCGUCCAUGGCCGAUCAGGCGUCGACGUAUUUGCGGUCGAUGACGAAAUCGCUGUUCUCGUCGGCGCCGCCGCCGCCUCCUCCUCCGAAGGCGCCCGACGACGCGCCGGAGGCCGAGACGCCGCCGCCUGCUGCUGGGCGCUAGCUGUGUGUGUGAAUGAUAAUAUAGGUGUAUAUCUGAUGCGAGCGAGC